AUGGUUGUGCCUUCACCAACUCCACUCCGAAGCAAAAUAACUCGAGCAUUUGGAAUUCCAGUUAUAGAUCUCAAUCUCGAGAGAUCUAAACUUUCUGAAUUACUAGUAAAAGCUUGCGAAGAAUUCGGUUUCUUCCAGGUAAUAAAUCAUGGAGUUCCCAAAGAAAUAAUUUGUAGAGUUGAAAAUGAAGGUCGACAGUUCUUCUCAAAAACUGCAUCAGAAAAGCAACAGACUGGACCGCCUGCUAGUUCUUUUGGUUAUGGCUGCAAGAAUAUUGGAUUCAACGGCGACAAGGGCGAACUUGAAUAUAUUCUUCUUGAAGCUAAUCCUCAAUCCAUUUUCCAGAGAUCUAUCUCCAUCUCCACCAAUCCUCAAAACUUCAGUAGUGCUAUGAAUGAUUACAUACAAGCAACUAGGAACCUGGCAUGUGAGAUUCUUGAUUUAGUGGCUGAAGGGCUGUGGGUAGAAGACAAAUCAAUUUUUAGUCAACUCAUUAGGGAUGUAAAGAAUGAUUCAUGCUUCAGAAUUAAUCACUAUCCUUCCGUCAGCAUUGAUUCCAUGGAGGAUUGGAACCCAGCCCCCAAACUGUUUGAGCAUUCAAAGACCCGUAUUGGAUUUGGAGAGCAUUCCGAUCCUCAAAUGUUGACAAUUUUGAGAUCAAAUGACGUUGGUGGCCUUCAGAUUUGUUUGCGAGAUGGUUUAUGGAUCCCCAUUCCUCCUGACUCCAAUCAAUUUUGCAUCUUUGUAGGCGAUGUCUUUCAGGCUUUGACAAAUGGAAGAUUUGAAAGCGUAAGACAUAGGGUAGUUGCAAAUGCAAUUAAACCAAGAAUGUCAAUGAUGUAUUUUGCGGCUCCAUCCCUAGAUGCAAACAUAUCCCCCGUACCACAAAUGGUCUCAUCUCAAAAUCCAGCUCUCUAUAGGCCUUUUACUUGGAGAGAAUACAAGACAAGUAUGUAUUCCUUACGGUUGGCCGAUCAUCGUCUUGAUCUAUUUACAAACCAAGAUAGUUGA